AUGAACAUAGUUCGAUGUGUCGUAUCAAUGUCUAUAAGUGCUACAAAUCCUGUUGGUGAACUAGUCGAUAAAAUUCUUUGGAUUGCUCUUAAAUUCUUCUAUAUGACUUCUGAAUUGAGUGUGUUGACGUUCGCUCUUCUAUUUGGUCACUUGGACAGUUCGACCAGCAUCAGAAGAGCUCUUAUGGCAACCUUACUGAUUAGUUUAAUACAUACUGCUAUUCAGUCCGUGCUCGAAUUCAAACUCGUUGAUCAGGUCCGUUUAGAAAGUUGA